AUGUGUGUGCGAUGCCAGCGAUUGAACCGUCAGUGUAUCUGGAGUCCUCCAUCGCGGAGCGGUCGCCCAGCAAGGACUACCGUGGAAGAAAAGGUGGUCAAGCGUGGCAGCAGCCGCCUGGAUAAUGCGGGGGAAAAGCGUCGCAAACGAUCUUUGAGUGUUUUAGAAUCGACACCAGGAGAGGACAGUCCAGAAAGUGCGAGAGAGCCAGUUCAUACCAGCCAGAUCAGUACUCAGCCCACCCCUCCGGCUAUUGAGAUGGCUGAGAUAGUACCAUCUCUUCCUCCAUCCGUUGCAGAUUGGAACAUGUCGGAUAUCUUCAGCCUUUCAAGCCCGCGGUAUAGCUCGCGGGAAAAUCACUUUCCCUCUUUGUGGACAUCGGAGAGCGUGCCUCCGCUGCCUAAUUUUACCGACUAUUUUCAAAUGCCCAGCAUGGGGAAUCAAACCAGAACCACCCAGGAUACCCCUGCAAUGCCCCCCACAUGCGCACCGCAGAGACUGGCCUCUUUGCAGGAUAUCACGCGAGAGCUCUCCAACAUCAAUCUAUCGUUAUUCAACCUCGAGCAAUCUCUUCAUGCCGAGCCAUGGGGCCCGAUGUUUGCGUCACCAGCCGCUGUUAUCUCGAAACUAACCACCUGUGGCGGUGACCAACCCGACGACACGCUCGCCCAUGGGUACCCAUUGAUUGACAUCUUUAACAAAACACAGCACUUUAUCGACAUUGCAAUGCAAACGAGCAAUUAUUUUGCCUCUCUGCCCACUCCCCUGACAUCUCGUCCAACUCCCACGGGUGAAGCACCAUCGCAUACCUACCCUGACAGUGACACUUCCAGCCAGGCUUCGUCUUGUUUUUCUCCUGUAGACAUGUAUACGCAGCGCGAGAUGCCUCCACCUGCAUCCUCAGGUACGGUUCGAGGAGACCUAUCGAGCCCAGAUUUACCCACAGCCCUGCUCUUUACUACUGGCUACGCGCGGAUUCUCGAUCUCUAUACCACCGUCUCAAGACAAAUAUCGCAUUUCAUCCACGCACUGUCGGUACAAUCAAUGGCCGGGGGCCCGGACUAUCGCCAACGGAUGCACCCCGUUAUCCCACCGUUGCAGUGGGGCGGUUUCCAGCCCACCAACUACGGUGCACUGCAGAUCCUAAUGGCAAUUCAGGUGAUAUCCUACCUGCUCACGGAGGUGGAACGGGCCCUGGGGGUUGACGAGUGGGAACGCGAGGUGACGCGGGAGCGAUUUCGUUCUGAAGAGAGGGGGCGUCCAUCAUCCUGUUCAGGCGGCGAGGAGGGUGGCUUUUACUCGGCUGGUCAGCAGCAUGUGUCUUCUCGCCCGGGGAACCGGGCUGGGGUUGGGAGCGGAUUGCUCAACGGUGCAAUGAUUGAGAUUGUGGCCCAGGGGGAGGGACCGGGAAACCGCCGGGGGAAGGUUGGGCUGCUGCGGCGGAAACUUAAGAAGCUGAAGAAGGAGUUAGAGAAGAGCAUGCAUAGUUAA